ACAGACAGCGGACAUGGACGCAGUAGCACAACGGAUAACGGUGUUGCGCCCGCGAACGAAUCCAAAGCUACGAAAGGUGAACUCCAUCCGCCAAUGACGAAAGAACAUACUGAUCCAGAUAUUGGCCUUUUGACAAUUCCUACACUUCAAUCUCCCAGAUCAAAAUGUAACACACUGCCUUCGAAAUGCAAUCUGGAAAAGAUAGCCAAAGACGAAGCUUCAGAUUCCGCGUUGGACAUUCCUGAUCGUUCUCCGGUCAGCACAUCACAAGGGCAGUCGCAGCUGCAGAAGGCCCGACAGUCAGUCACCUGGAAGGAAGCGGAUUAUCAAACGUGCAACCAAGAUGACCAACAUAAGCGGACGGUUGGCUGCCUCAUAGGUAACCAACAUUCAUCCGGCUCUCACGCCAAUUUACCUGGUGAAAUGGAUGAAUCCAGUGAGGGUACCCUGGUAUUAUUCAGUCCUGUGGACACCUCAGGUUACGCUCAAUUGGUGCGCCCGUCUUUACCCUCACUAACUGAACAAGGUUCGCCAAAACAUUCACUUUAUUCGGCCUUCCCCACCAGUUUUGUGUGAACAAUCAAGCACACGUGUAUAAUAUAAAACUGAUCGAUAACACAUAACUAGGUACAUGGAUAGGCAACGAUCCAGUGCAUCCCACUGCCUUCACUUUGAAUCUUGUGUUCUUCUCUGUAAUGGCUGAAAUUGACCAACUUCAAUAUGCAUCCAGGGGCUUGUAUAUUGGGCUGUUUUUACUUCCUUUAUGAUCUCAUCAUCAAAGACUCCAUGUCCACAUGAGACAGUACUAUCUGCCAAAUUCCCUAAUGGCAUGCCAGUUUUGGGUCGUGAUACUUAUGCUGCUUUGGAUAAACCACUUGGCGG